CUUACCGCAUUUGAUUUAGCGUUGUGCCCAGCCUGUUGUACAUCUUCAUCGUUGUCACCCACGACUGUGCUUAUGUAUGGCUGCAAAGCUUUUACUUUAGACUCUUCAUGUUCUAGCACGAUAUUAAAGAUGGCAAAAUUCACGGGAUCUAUUGCUCUACUCUCGCUCGGUUACCUGGUCCACGCACGCGACAUUCGAUUUCCGCCAGCCAGCGGGGUCUCGGAACAGAUAUCAUUCGGAACAUUGGAUAAAAUCGACGUCUCUACUGGCUCCUCUUUCGCCGGACUCACCACAUAUGCCAAUCUCCCAUAUGUCCAUUGUUUGGGUGGCGAAAAUGAGAAUAUCGAGAAAUAUGAUAUUGCCAUACUCGGGGCACCAUUCGAUACUGGGGUGACGGCGAGACCGGGGGCCAGGUUCGGUCCCGAGGGCAUACGCCGGGGCUCACGGCGUAUAGUUGCAGAUUCGGCAUGGAGUAUCUAUACGGGCAAGAACGCAUUCUUGGAUUGGGCGAAGAUUGUCGACUGCGGUGAUGCUCCGUUGACGUUCCUGGACAAUACUGUAGCGCUCCAACAACUUGAUGCGAGCCACCAGAUUGUGUCUGGGCGUUCAGCAAGGUCUGGGAAGGAUCGAGUCCCCAGAAUUAUCACCUUGGGUGGUGAUCAUACGACAACGCUAUCCGCUUUGCGUUCGACUUAUCAGCACUGGGGCGCUGUCAGCGUGAUCCACUUCGAUAGUCAUAUUGAUACUUGGGACCCUAAAGUCUUGGGAGGUGGCAUCUCGCACUAUGCUGGCGUCAAUCACGGCACGUUCCUCCAUAUUGCUCACGAAGAAGGCUUGAUCCGAAACUCGUCCAUGCACGCAGGGAUUCGAGCGCCCGUGAUGCGUCCAAAGGGAGAUUUGAGGAACGAUAUCCGAUGCGGAUUCAAGAUGAUCAAAGCUAGACACAUCGACCAAUUCGGAGUAUCGGGAGUUAUCGGAGAGAUCAAAGAUAGAGUCGCAGGUUCUAAGGUCUACAUUAGUGUCGACAUCGACGUGCUUGAUCCUGCAUUUGCGCCAGCGACGGGGACUGCGGAGGUUGGCGGUUGGACCACAAGAGAACUCCUCACGAUUUUGGAUGGUCUUUCUGGUCUGCAUGUUGUAGGUGCAGAUGUAGUAGUUGAGGUCGCCCCGAUUUACGACAAUCCGGGGGAAAGCACAGUUCUUGCAGCGGCCGAAGUGGUGCAUUCGCUGAUCGGUCUAAUGGUUGAUGAACCUGUGAAGGCGAAGGACUAGUAACAUGUAAACU